AUGUAAAAGACCUCUUUAGUCAAUUUCUUACACAAUGGAUCGAAUUUUCAUCCUUUCGGAGACAAACCUGAAAAACUGAAUUCUACUGAAGGGAGAUUCGUACCAUUUAUAUUUGAAAGAAAUCAAGUUGGGAAAUUAGCUAAUGCUGAACUUUAUCAUCUGAAUUCAAACCAAAAGAGAAUUAAACAAACAACAAGCGAGCAAACACACUCAUUGAUUGCAGACACUAUUAUCAAAUCUAAAUUGCACACCGAAUAGGAUUCACCGAAAUAUGAUCCAGUAACCAAGUAUAUGACAUUAAUACCAACACAUCAUUAAAUCGACGAUCUACAAAAGACUAUAGACAUCAAAUCCUAUACUCUGAAUCAUACGUCUGUUGAAAGAGGAUAGCAAAUGAGAAAACAACCUAAAGGCUUAAAUCACAAGCAUUAAUUAAUCGGUAGAAGCACUAAGACUCUUACAUCUCAAAUACCUGCAAUAGGAAUUUAUGAUCCAUUACCUCUUAAUAGACAUCUACCAAACAUUCAAAUUAAGUCAAAAUCUAUUCAAAAACUACCUGAAGUUUGGGAACGCAAUACUUAAGUUACAACACCCAAAAUUAAUAUUAAAAAUAGUGAGUCAGAAAUGAUGUUUGCUAAAUAAAUUGCCCAAAUCAAUAGAGAAAUUGACUCAUAAAUGAAAAGAAAUCCAAAUCAGAAAUUCUCAUAAUUGCAAUUCGAUAUCCACGAAAACAUGAAUUUAGAAGAGGCUGAACAAAUGAGAAAUAGAAUGAAGCAAUAUUUCCAAAGUGUUAAGGAUAGUCUAGCCAAAAUCAAGAACCUUAUUAAUGUUAAGCGUUGAACAACUACAUUUUUUUAUAGAUUUUAUCUCCAUA